GUCAAAGGAGUAUAUAAGAAACUCCUGCUUUGCAAUAAAACUGUUUGAUAAAGUACAUGGAUAGCAGAAAGUUGUGAUAUUGAUUUCAUAAUGAUUCCUUGGGCGUUAAUUGCUGUUCUGAGUAUUGUAUGUACUGCACGUCCUCGUGUUCAUCAACCAAAUAAAGUCAUAAAUGUGGCACUUGGUGACACAGUCACUCUGAGGUGUUCUGCACAAGUAAACACAGACAUUUUUUGGUAUAAGCAAACUGUUGGACAACAACCUCGAGUCAUAUCAGUAUUUCAGAAAUUUGGAAUACCCAUUUUUUACAAUGAAUUCAAAAAUGAUCGAUUCCAGGGCAACAGACUGGGCAGCAACUGCAAUCUGAUAAUUUCAAACACAAUUCAGUCAGAUGAAGCAGUCUAUUAUUGUGGAUCAAAAGCAUUGUAUAUUGAAUUUGGAAGUGGAACACAGCUGUUAAUUAAAGCAUCAACAAUCUUAAAGUCUGGUCAUCUGAAUGACUCCAUUGAGUUUCUACAAAAAUGCUAUGGAAACAUCACAAAACAAGUGAAGACUGGUAAACGUGAUGAGAAGCUCCAUCCAGCAGUGUAUGGGUUGGCAGUAGCUUUGGGGCUCUGUGGAGUUCUAGUUUUUGCUCUCAUGUGCUUGAUAUUUAAGAGAGGAAUGUGUGAACAGUGGCUGAUGAGGGAUUCUAGACAAGACAACCGAAUUAGAGGGCAGUCAAGUGCUCAGGAUUCUGAUGAUGAGAAUUUGACAUAUGCAGCCCUGCGAUUCAGACAGAAAACAAUGAAACCUGCAGAAACUGUUGUGCGGUAUUUGAUGGAUGGAAAUGUUGAUCAAAAUUAAUAAAUUAUAAUUGAUAAUUUCUUUUUAAAGAUUUUCCAUUUUACAUGCUGUGCACAGCAUUUGUCAUUUGUAUUGUUUCUAAUGCAGUCUUUUGUUGUUUUUACAUAUAUGGACAUUUUCAA